AAGCAUUGUCAGCCCAAGCCCAGUGGGGCCCCAGGCCUCUGUUGGAGCGAUGGCUGCUCAUGGCAAGGCCGUCUCGCUCCUCACAGUCACGAAUCGCGACGAACAGUUCAUGAACCUUGCCAUCACCCAGGCCGAGAAACAGUCCUACUUGCUUAAGCCCCAUAAUGGUCGCCUGCAGCACGUGAUCAUCCACAACAUCGCCUCCAGCCAGGAGAAGGAUCCAUGGUACGAACGUACCAAGGUGACAUGGCAAGUCCAGGCCAUCUCUGGCGAGGUGAGGCUGUUCACCGCCUGCAAGCAGCUGGGGCAGGAUGCCGGUUGGCAGCUCUGUGCAAGCAGAGCGCUGCCGUCGGACGCUCUCGACAACGCGCGCACUUUUGCAUUUGUCCACACGCAACGGGCAGACUUCCACACUUUGCCAUUCCAGUCCUGGAAGGUCAUUCCAGUGACAGGUGCAGGCACAGUGAAGCUGACGGUCGCGACGCGUUUCGGAGGACAAGAUGCAGACUUGUGGCUUGGGGUAUCAAAGCAGCGCAAUGCCUGGUCGAAGUGGGCAUGCUUGAUGGAGGAUUCGCAGGAGGCCUCGGAAUGGAUAUUGGUGCCGGGGUCCAUGGCCGGCACUCUGCGCCUGAAGCUCAGGGCGGACAGUGAGAAGGCAGCCUUCCUGUCCGUGCAUCGAUUGGAAACGUAUGAUAUGCGAAAUCGCAUGUCCACCUACGUGUGCGUGCACGACACUGAAGAUGGCAACUGCUGGGUCACGGACUGGCAAAUAGAAGCGGGUGGCUCUCUGCUUGAGAGUUUCCAGUUGAGGCUGGUCGAUGGCGGGAGCCCCAAAAGCCUGCGUGGCGGCUACCUGGACGUGCCGCUGCUCAAGACAGACAAGCGCAGUGCCACCACCUAUGCCAUCUUGCGCACAGAUGCCGGCAAGGAGGGCUUCCGGGUUUGGAGAAGCGAGGUUGUGAAGAAAGAGCCCUGGACGGUGAAGCUCGAGCUGAUCGAAAAGUCCGGCAAGGGCAGUGGCCAGUACUUGAGCUUCCGGGGUGUUUGCGACCGGGACCAGCAGUCAGGCUAUGUGUAUGUGGAAGGCGAGGGCUUGGCUUCACACUGGGAAUUGGAGAAGGGCGCCUCUGCAGAAAGCGCCUGCCUCAAGCUGGCGAUGCCUGCUGACCAGGCUGGCAGCGAAGUUAUUGGAUGGUACCUCUCCGCGGCGCGAGUGAAGGACUCCGACAAGCACACGGAUCAGUCCUCCUACAUGAUCGUGUGCAGCCCCAGCUCGGGCAUUCCCAGGGCCGAGUUCGCGCGUGAAGGUUUUCAGGCAUAGCCACGCACUUCUCAUUUUCCAGACAGUGCUUUUCGGCACGGGGAAAAUCGGUAGUUUUUUUUUAGUGUGCAGUCUUGGCGCAGUUUUGGCCAGCCCGCUUAAGGAGGGAACAGAGCCCUGCCCAUGACCAUCUCAGAGGAAGGCGAGACCCAA